AUGGCCCCGACCCACAAGGCCGACCGCAAACAGCGCCGUGACGAGCCCGUCCCCGACGUCAAGCUCACCGUCGACGGCGCGACCCCUCCUCCCGAACCCUCGCUCGCCACCACCAAGCCACACGUCGCUCCCGACCAGGCCACAAAGGCCAAGAGCAAGCGCGCAAAGUCCACCGCCAGCAACAAGCGCAAGAUGCAGGCUCGCGAGGCCGCGACCGAGCGCGCCCAGAAGCUCGAGAAGCGCAAGGACUCGGUCGAGGGCAAGAAGGACCAGAAGAAGAAGGCCAAGAGCAUGUGGCAAUGA